GGUCAUAACCCACUUCCCACCUCAAUUCAAUUCAUAGGCUAUAGGCUAUAGGCUAUAGGCUAUAGCUAGUAGUUCCUUGAUUAUUAUUCCCCAAGAAAUUAAGAAAGGGGAUGAAUUAGACGAACUUUUUAUCGAUCUAUUUGGGGGAAGGAUUUGGGAUCGAUCGAUGAGCAUAAUGGCCGCCACGGCCGUCUUCUCUCUUUCUCCUCAUCCUCUGAUUUCCUUCUUAUACUCGUUGUAUCCAAUAUUAAUGACAACGAUGAGGACGGAGGCACGACCACCCAACUUUGGGAAUUGGGGGGUUUCUUCUCUGGUGACGCAAGAGAUAUUCAACGCCAUCUUCCUCCAUAGGGAUGACAAUGUCUGCCCUGCCAACAACUUCUACACUUACCACUCUUUUAUCCAAGCCACCGCCUGCUUCCCUUCAUUUGGCAACUCUGCUUGUUUAUCUACUCGCAAGCGCGAGAUCGCUGCUUUUCUCGCUCAAAUCUCCCAUGAGACCACAGGAGGAUGGGCUACAGCACCUGAUGGGCCCUAUACGUGGGGAUUGUGCUUUAAGGAGGAAGUGAACCCACAAAGUGAUUACUGUGACUCCACCAACAAGGAAUGGCCUUGCUAUCCUGGCAAAUCUUACAAAGGCCGAGGACCCAUUCAGCUCUCCUGGAAUUACAACUAUGGACCAGCGGGAAAAGCCUUGGGCUUCGACGGUCUGAGGAACCCAGAGUUGGUAUCCAACAACUCCUUGACUGCUUUCAGGACUGCUCUCUGGUUCUGGAUGACGUCCCAGCCUCCCAAGCCCUCUUGCCAUGAUGUAAUGGUCGGACGUUAUGUCCCAAACCAAGUCGACUUGGAUGCCAAUCGUACGGUUGGGUUCGGCUUCGUUACUAACAUAAUCAAUGGUGGACUCGAAUGCGGUAGGCCCAAUGAUGCACGUGUCAACGAUCACAUUGGCUAUUUCCAGAGAUACGCCAAGCUCUUCAAUGUGGACCCUGGUCCUAACUUGGAUUGUGCCUAUCAGAAAUCCUUUGCUUAAAAUUUCUCUCUUCCAACUUGAAGAGUUGUUGUCUAUCAAGAAAUUACUUAAUAAAGAAUGCUGCUGCUGCUAGAGUUAUAUGUUUUUCAUUGGAA